AUGACUGUGGUGUCCACAGACAACAUGGACGAGACGUCCACCCUGCCGGGUCACCCGCAGGACCCCUACCCGCCCGACGACGACCACGACGACCACGACUGCUGCGAGCGGGUGGUCAUCAACAUCUCGGGGCUGCGCUUCGAGACCCAGCUGAAGACCCUCGCCCAGUUCCCCGAAACGCUCCUCGGGAACCCCAAGAAGAGGAUGCGCUACUUCGACCCCUUAAGAAACGAGUAUUUCUUUGAUCGGAAUCGACCCAGUUUUGACGCCAUCUUGUAUUAUUAUCAGUCCGGAGGCCGGCUCAGAAGACCGGUCAACGUGCCGCUGGAUAUGUUCUCAGAGGAGAUUAAGUUUUACGAACUCGGCGCCGAGGCGAUGGAGAAAUUCCGGGAGGACGAGGGGUUUAUUCGGGAGGAGGAGCGACCCCUGCCGGAGAAGGAGUUCCAGCGGCAGAUCUGGCUCCUCUUCGAGCAUCCGGAGAGCUCGGGGCCGGCUCGGGGGAUCGCCAUCGUCUCGGUGAUGGUUAUUCUUAUUUCAAUAGUCAUAUUUUGUUUGGAGACACUACCCGAGCUGAAGGAGGACCCCAACGACCGGGUGCGGAUUGUGGGGAACAUUACCAUUUAUUACAAACCUAACGUCCUCACAGACCCCUUCUUCGUGGUGGAGACACUCUGCAUCAUCUGGUUUUCCUUUGAGUUGAUUGUUCGGUUUUUCGCUUGUCCCAGCAAGGCGGCGUUUUUUAAAAACAUGAUGAACUCUAUUGACAUUGUGGCUAUAAUCCCGUAUUUUAUCACGCUUGGAACGGAGCUGGCUGACGACCAAGAAAAUAAGGAGGGGAAGGCAGGAGGGGAACAGGCCACAUCUCUGGCUAUUCUCAGGGUUAUCCGUUUGGUGAGAGUGUUCAGGAUCUUUAAACUGUCCCGGCACUCAAAGGGGCUCCAGAUUUUGGGUCAAACACUAAAAGCCAGCAUGCGGGAGCUGGGCUUGCUCAUUUUCUUCCUCUUUAUCGGUGUGAUUUUGUUCUCCAGCGCCGUCUACUUCGCCGAGGCCGAGGAGAAGGAAUCGUUCUUCACCAGCAUCCCGGAUGCUUUCUGGUGGGCGGUGGUGUCCAUGACGACCGUCGGCUACGGGGAUAUGUACCCCGUGACCAUCGGAGGGAAGAUCGUGGGCUCGCUGUGCGCCAUCGCCGGCGUGCUCACCAUCGCGCUGCCGGUGCCGGUCAUCGUCUCCAACUUCAACUACUUCUACCACCGGGAGACGGAGGGCGAGGAGCAGGCCCAGCUGCUCAACGUCAGCAACCAGAACUUGGCGUCAGACAGCAACUCGAGCCGCCGCAGCUCCUCGGUGGUCAGCAAGUCGGAGUACAUGGAGAUAGACGAGGACAUGAACAACAGCAUCGACAACUUUAGGGAAGCUAACCUCAGAACUGCCAACUGCACGGCGCCCAGCCAGAACUGCGUGAACAAGGCGAAGCUGCUCACCGACGUGUGA